AGCAAAUCCAAGAGCCUGCCUGGGGCUCACUGCUGGGAUUCAUAAGGAGGCAAUAUUAAUAUCCCCACUUCUCAGCCCCGGUCAGUGCCGAUUCCCCACCACCUGCAGCUCCCGGCCCGGAUCACAGGCACAGGGUCUUUGUUCUCAGCCAACACAGGAGCCUGUAAAGAAGAGAAGAUAGAAGUUGAUGAAAUACAGGCAGAAACUGAAGAGAAACAGUCACAGAAAAAGAGUGACAUUCAGUUCCGUCACAAGAAGGCAGACAACUAAAUACUGACAGAUUUUAUAAGUGCGUGUAUAGAAAUGCUAGACGUCUAAAUACUAAGAGCCAGUGUGAGUUCAAACACAGGGCCCACCAUGCCGACUCUCAACCAAAGCAGCUUUGAUCCUAUAACGUUCAUCCUGACCGGCAUCCCGGGCAUGGAAGAGUCUCACAUCUGGAUCUCCGUCCCCGUCUGCCUGAUGUACGUUGUUGCACUUUUUGCCAACUCCGUUUUACUCUUCAUCAUCAUAACAGAGCGCAGCCUCCACGAGCCCAUGUACCUUUUCCUCGCCAUGCUGUCCGUCUCUGAUCUAAUGUUAUCCACGACUACGGUGCCCAAGAUGCUGGCCAUAUUCUGGUUUAGUGCCAGGGAGAUUUCUUUUGAUGCCUGCGUUACCCAGAUGUUCUUUACCCAUUUUAGUUUCAUCGCAGAGUCAACCGUUUUGCUGGCCAUGGCGUUUGACCGGUAUGUUGCCAUCUGCUACCCUCUGAGAUACCCGACUAUCCUCACACACUCAGUGAUAGGGAAAAUAGCGGUGACAGCUGUUGUUAGAGGGUUGUGUAUAAUGUUCCCACCUAUUUUCCUCCUUAAGAGGCUACCGUACUGUGGUCACACCGUUAUGCCUCACACGUACUGUGAGCACAUGGGCAUAGCCCGGCUGGCCUGCGCUGAUAUAACAGCCAACAUCUGGUAUGGGUUCACCACAACUCUGUUGUCGUCGGGGCUGGACGUCAUGCUCAUUGCUGUAUCUUACGUGCUGAUCCUCAGGGCCGUCUUCCGGCUCCCGUCCAAGGACGCCCGGCUCAAGGCUCUCAGCACCUGUGGCUCCCACAUCUGCGUCAUCCUGAUGUUCUACACGCCAGCCUUUUUCUCCUUCCUCACUCACCGGUUUGGCCACAAUAUCCCUGGACACAUUCACAUCCUCCUGGCCAAUCUCUAUGUGAUUGUUCCCCCCAUGCUAAACCCCAUCGUCUACGGGGUGAGAACGAGACAAAUCCGGGAACGAGUGACCCGCAUGGUCUCCCAGGCCUGGGGAUUUCACUGCUUCUGCAGGGGGAGGGGAUGUUGACCUGCACAUAAUGCCAAGACGCGGACUGGGAAUGAGCAAUUGGUGCUGAGUGCUGCCGCAGGGCCGAGACCCAAGACCGGCAGGUUCCUUCUAAAUGAAACCAGAUUGCUUCGAAGGAGGGUUUUCAGGAGAUGGGAGCCUGGCUCAUCUGGUCUUUUCAUCACUGGAGGUUCCUCCCGUGGUGUUUGCCUCCUGUGGCUCAGAUGAACCAUCAGACUCUCCCCUCCAGCACAGAUCAAAUGCAGAACAUUCAGAAAACAGUGAGGAUUGUUGAGAUCUCUGUGACUGUGAUCUUAUAUCCCUGUCACUACUGUUAGUCUGUCCGCCCCUUCCCUCCCAUUUGUCUGUUUAUUCACCUGUUGUGCACUGUCUCAGUCGUAGACUGUCAGCGCUCUGAGGUGCAGGCUGUCUUUGUGUUAUCAGGAGACCGCCUAACACAGUGGGGCCCUGAGCUCGAUUGGAGUCCUCAGGCAUUACUAGGAUAUGGAUAAUAGUCCUAUCAUAUGAUGAUGACAACACUCUUUCCUUUGCACUAGUAUCGCUGGAGGAUGUUAAACAGCAGCUACUAAAGUUGGACAUUUUUAAAUUAGCAGGUAUAGAGAAAAUGCAUCCAAGAGUUUUAAAAGAGCUGUCUCAGGCACUCAGUGGACUAUUACUGUUGGGAUGUUCCAGAAGACUGGAAGAAAUCGAAUGUUGUGCCAAUUUUUAAAAAGAGGCAAAGGGGAUGACCCAGGUAAUUAUAGGCCUGUCAGUCUGACAUUGAUCCUGGGCAAGAUAAUGGAGUGGGCGAAAAAGGAUUUGAUUAAUAAAGAAUUAAAGGGUAAUAUAAUUAAUACCAAUCAACAUUAGUUUAUGGAAACUAGACCCUGUCAAACUAAUUUGAUAUCUUUUUUUGACAGACUCAGGAGACUUGGGUUCUAUCUCCAGCUCUGCCUCAGGCCGGCUGGGUGAUCUUGGGCAAGUCACUUCCCUGUUCUGUGCCUCAAUUUCCCCAUCAGUAAAGGGGGGGAUAAUGCUACUGACCUCCUUUGUAGCACAAGAUCUGCCACUGAAAAGCACUAUGUAAGAGCAUGGUCUUGUUACUGUGUGCAAACUAGGUGUGAAACACUAGGGACAAUGUUUCACACACACUCUGCAGAGGAGCAAAUGAAUUACUAGGAGCAGGGCAGGGGCGAAUCAGGCCCAUGAAGCCUACGAAGAGUGAAGGUGGCUUGGAUUUAUGUUUAGAGCAUGAAUGCCCCCAAUUGUUCCAAUGCCCUCUGUGCUAGAUCUACCCAAACCUCCGCUGAUCUAGGCAAACCCUGGCCCAUCCCCUUACAGGGCAGAAAAGCCUGUCUGGGGUGAACCCGGUUCCAUUCUGUUGGAGGCAUUGUUGAUAGAUCUGGUGCAAGAUAUCUGCACCUGGAUCUACCUUAUCUAUGUGCCAUGUGCAGGGUCCCUCUGCAUCAGGGUUAUGGGGCAAGGCAGUGGACCUGCUGCUUCACAGAUCUACCGCCAUCAAUUUCCCCCUGCCCCCCAAGGAAGGAGAGCACAGCAGUGACUCUGAUGGGAAGGGUCCUUCCCCUGGUGCUGAUAAACUCUCUGUGCCAUGCCCGGCGGCUCUGGUGAGAUGGGAAUGUGGGCUGGGAAGGGGUUAGAUGUGGCCCAUAAUGAAGUUGCUCUGGGUGCAGGAAUGGAGGGGCCAGACAUGAUUGCCUCACAGAGAAGGGAAAAAACAAGAUGGCGGCAGCUCCAGCAGCACUGGGAUGGCUGCCUGUGGACCCCAGGAGCAUUACCAUAAGGGGCUCAGAGCUGCUCGAAUGACAGCCCAGCCCCUUUUUGGUCCUCCCUCUUCCUGGGCCAAGCAGAGGCAAAAAGCACUUGGUUCCCUUGGGAUGGGAUUUUCACAAACCCCCCAUUGGAAGUCAAGUCAAGCCAACGGAACGUGUGUUUCUAGAUUAUGUAGGCCCAUUUGAGACUCCCUGCAAAGACAAAGACUCAGCAGAGGAGAUGUUGGGACUUAUUUUCCUACUUCAUUUAUUAGGGUUUACCACCGCUGAACUUCCACACAAACGUACCUUUAUGUAAUUCAAAGGCCACUUGGUGAUAAUUAUACCCAGCGUACAAACAUAAACGUAUGCACCUAUAUUCUGUACUCACCAGCAUACAAUUAUAAGUACCAGCGGGCUCAGGCCCGGGAAAUACCUUUCCAUCAUGGUGCUCUCCAGAGGGCUAAGGAAAAGCUUUGACAAAGAACCCCUAAAAACCUGGCUUUUUAUACACUAUAACACACAAGAGUGUCGUUGCCAGUUAUUGGACCUUAGCUAAGGCCAAUGAGGCAGUUUUAGGGGUGAACCUUGCCCUCAGGUCUGGGUAGGACAAGAUUCAUGGCUGGGCCCCUUUCUUCCCAAGGUUUCCUUCUUAUCUCAUUUUCCCAUAUUUCGUUCUAAACUGCAUUUCUUUAUAAUAAACUAAAGAAACUGAUUAUUUACUGCA